AUGGCAAAUGGCCGACUAUCAACCGUUGCAAUGCGGAUGCUCCAUCGCCAGCAUUGGGCCCUGCCGAAGCAGGAAAGUAGUAUCGCUCCACAAAAUGUCUGGAGCAAUGCGGACCAAGACCCAGUUCCCCCGGAGAAGUGGACCUGGACAGGCUGGACGUUUACACAGUAUUGGCUGUCAGACUUGGUGACCGUUUCGACCUGGUCAGCAGCAAGUUCAGCGUAUGCUUCUGGCUUGUCUGCCACAGACACCGUAUUGUUGACCCUGGUUGCAGCGCUAUGCAAUGCGAUUCCAACUGUCCUUAAUGGAGUUGUGGGCGCGGACCUUCACAUUCCCUUUCCCGUGGCAAUUCGUGCGAGUUACGGGACGUAUUUUGGUUAUUUCUGCGUUGCCUCUCGUGCCGUCCUGGCCUUGUUUUGGUUUGGUAUCCAAAGCUCUUAUGGAGGCCAAUGCGUGACCCCUAUCAUAACUGCUAUCUGGCCCAGUUAUGCCAAUCUCCCCAAUCAUUUGCCAGAGUCGGCUGCUAUAACAACCCAGGGAAUGGUUUCAUACCUAAUCUAUCAUAUAAUACAAGCACCCUUCCUCUUCAUUCCUACGCAUAAGUUGCAGUAUAUGUUCAUAUUCAAGUCAAUAUUGGUCCCCCCAAUGGCGCUCGGUAUGGUUAUUUGGAUUUCUGUCAAAGCGGGAGGGGGCAGUGCUAUGUUUCACCAGCCUCCCACGGUCCAUGGUUCAGAAAGAGCAUGGCUGUGGCUGAUGAACAUGACUUCAAUAACUGGCGGAUUUUCCACCCUUGCGGUCAAUAUCUCCGAUUUUUCGCGUUUCAGCAAGAAGCCUCGCAGCACUAUUUGGCAACUUCCAAUGAUUCCUUUAUUCAAAGUCAUCACUGGCCUGUUUGGAAUAAUUGCAGCCGGGGCGUCUAAGCGUGUCUAUGGAAGUAUCUUAUGGAGUCCGCUUGAGAUUAUUGACCAGUGGCAAGGAUCUGCUGGGGGACGAGCAGCGGCCUUUUUUUGCGCGUCGCUUUGGUUACUGGCCCAGAUUUGCAACAAUAUAUCUGCCAACUCUCUUCCAUUUGCUAAUGACAUGACGACUAUGUGCCCGAAGUGGAUCAAUAUCAAGCGCGGCAUGAUUUUAUGUAUGCUUCUCGGUGGAUGGGCACUGUGUCCGUGGAUAAUUAUUGAAAACGGCGCCACUUUCCUGAGUUUUAUGGGAGCCUAUGCAAUUUUCAUGGCCCCCAUAGCGGGUAUUUUAUGCUGCGAUUACUGGCUCAUCAAGCGACGGAAGUACGACGUUCCGGCCUUAUAUGAUCCACGAGGGAUCUAUUAUUAUCGGCUUGGUACAAAUUGGCGCGCCCUUGUGUGCAACUUAGUGGUCAUUAUACCUCUUUUGCCAGGUUUGGCACAUGCGGUGACUCCUAAUAGUGUCGAUAUCAACGUGGGAUUGCAGCAUCUAUACGCCAUCAAUUAUCUAUAUGGAUUCUGUGUCUCCCUGACUCUCUAUUUCUGUCUGCAUUACUUUUGGCCCGACCGAGAUACGCUAAUUCCCUGUGCGGUUCCCGGUGUUGUGCGACCGAUUGAGGCUGUCGACUCUGACUUGGAGGCCGAUACAAGGCUGCAAGGAAGGGUAGCGCAUUUUGUAGAAAAGUCAAAAGAAUACUAG